UCGCCGAGUCCGUCCGUCCGUCCCGCGAGUUGGGCCAUCUGGAUACUUCCUUGGUUUGCUGCGCCGUCGCUCGAGGAUGAGAUACUACGGCCAGCAGCAGGCGCCCAUGACAGCGUACCCGCCGCCGGGAGGCUACGCGGCGACGGCGCCCCCGCUGCCGGCAGGGCAGCCGUACGUGCAGCCGCCGGCGAUGCAGGCGGGCUUCGUGCAGCCGGCGCCGCCGGCGGGGUACCCCGGCAGCUUCAGCGGCGCCAUGAUGAACCCGCCGCCGCCGCAGGUGGUGGCGCCGGCCCAGACGCGGAGCCGCGGCGACAAGACCUUCUGGGAAGGAUGCUGCGCGGCGCUUUGCUGCUGCUGCGUCCUGGACAUGUGCUGCUAGCCCGGCGAAAGCACCAACACAUCGGAGAUCAUGGAAUGCUCUCCAUCUGUAACAGAGUCCGUUUGUAAUACCUCGAGAAUAACUAGUAUGUGAUACCUGUCACGUUACUCACGUACGUACCAUCAGAAUUAUUAUGUGGGCAUGAGGUUUGUAUUCCUGAUGCAUGUAUGAAGGCUCAAGGCUAUCAAGAUUUUUUCCUCA